CAUUCUACCCUUCUUCUCCAUCGCACCUCCUCUCUCUCUCUCUCUCUCUCUCUCGCUUCGUUCCCGAAGCUUCGCGAUCUCUUUCCCCUUCCUCGCUAUGCCUCGGUAUUACUGCGAUUACUGCGACACGUACCUCACCCACGAUUCUCCAUCUGUUAGAAAGCAACAUAAUGCUGGAUACAAGCACAAGGCAAAUGUACGAUCCUAUUAUCAGCAAUUUGAAGAGCAGCAGACUCAAAGCUUAAUUGAUCAAAGAAUCAAAGAGCAUUUGGGACAGGCUGCUGCUUUCCAGCAACAGGUGGGUGCUGCUUUCAACCAACAUCUUCUUUCCAUGCCUGGAGGUAUGCCGAGGCCUCGUCUUCCGGUUCUACCACCACCAGUUCUGCCGAUUGGAGCAACUCCGCCAAUUCCAGGAGUCAGACCCCCUGUUUUGCCGACCCCAGUUGUUGGUGCUCCGGGUUAUGCUGUGGCUCCAGGCGCUCCAACUGUUCCACCCCCAAUGGUGCCGCCAGGCGCCACUUCUAUGCCAAUGCAGAUGCUGAGUCUCCCACGGCCGCCGACACUGACCCCGCCGGCUUCAGGAGGCGCCCCCACGGCCCCUUCUUCAGCGAGCUACGAUGCCUUUGGCGCUUCCACUGCUGCUCCUGCUGCAGCAGCUCCUUCACAACCCGGAUUCUCCUAUUCUCAACUUGCGGACGCCAACCACUAGUUUCGGUUAAUUUUAUGGUUUUGCAUAUUGAAGUAGAUGGUAUAAAGCUUAUUGCUUAAUGUGCUGCAGAACCAGAGAUAAUUGUAUAAUUCUGAAUUUGUUUAGAUAUUCCCAGGGUAGGUUGGAGAGAAUAGUUUGGAGAUAGUUUAAUGAUGUUCUUAAAAACUGCCCUAAUGAAACUUAAUGUUUAGGACUUGCAAUUUGAACCAUCAGUGAACAACUCCGUCGCGAACCCGAGGCUGUUUUAAGUUGUCUAAUGCUUUCCGUGGUGCGCAUUGAAGGGAAAAUAGUGCUUCUAAGAUCACAAGUUGUUGCAUCUAGGGCUGAUAAUUGCAGAGAAUAUAAUGCUUCUAAGAAUGAAAGUUUUUCCUA